GAGGCGGCCUGUACGCGGCCGUAGAGCACCCCAUCGGCCAGGUGGGAGACGGCUCUCUGGAGGACGGGCAGCAGCACCUGGCGAAGAGGGGCCCGGUCACCCUCGACGGGCCCGACGAGUGGAGCGUGGACGUGUCGGACUACCUGCUGCCCGGCGCGACGCUGCUCCCCUACAUCGACAACUUCGAGAACGACCUCGAGGUGACCAUCACCGGGAUGGAGCUGCUGGCGCUGGAGGGCCCGGAGCAGAGGAGCGUGGCCGUGGACAGGCACGCGGGCGCCGCCGGAACAGCACGAACGGCAACAUCUAUGCGCUCCAGCUGCCGCGGGGCCUGGCGGCCGGCCGGUACGCCAUCCGGGAGACCCCUCGCCUCGCAGGGCACGGGCGGUACGACGCGCCCCUCGUCUUCGGGCUGAACCGGAAGGGCGCGCCGGGCUACCUGCACUGCGCGCUGCCUUGGGGCGAGCCCCGAAGAAGGAACGGGUCCGCCGCGGCGGCCACGCUGCUGCUGGGCGCCGCGCCCGAGGCUUCUGGCGGCCUGCGCCGGGCCCUGCUGGGCUACGUGCAGCGCGAGCGGCCGCGCGCCGCCGCCCCGCUGCUGCACUACAACUCGUGGUACGACAUGGGCACGGGGGAGCCCUUCGGCGAGAGGGAGGCGCUGGACGCGAUCGCGGCCGUGGGCGAGGCUCUCGCCAGCCGCGGCUCUAGGGUCGACGCCUACCUCUUCGACGACGGCUGGGACGACCCGGACGACGGCCCGCUCUGGGGCUUCAACGCGAACUUCUCUGGCCCGGGCGCCCUGCGGCGCGCGGCCGAGCGCCACGGCUCCGAGCUGGGCUUCUGGCUCUCGCCCCAGGGCGGCUACCACGGCCCCGCCCAGGCGCGGCUCCGCGCCGCGCGGCGCGACGGCAUUCUGGGCCCGAACGAGACCUUCACCCUGACGCACGCGGGGUACUUCGAGCGGGUCGUGGCCACCGUGACCAGGUUUGGCAUUCUGUGCAGCUCGUGCCCCGCCGUUGCGGCGUCGGCUGGCCAGUGGGGAGCACCCUCGACCAAGAAGCGCACGACACCACCCCACCUACGGCGCGCCGUGCUGGAUGUUUGCGACCCUGCCUCGCUGUCCUUCGUGCGGUGUUUCCUGGCCGACGACGUGAUGAUGGCGACGUGCUGGGCAGUCGAAGUUAGUCAUGACUUCGACGUGCCGGUUGGGGCCACUUCAUUGUCAACGCGGUCAGGUGCACCCGAGGAGUGGCGUGUGAAGGUCAUGGGAGAGCGAGUGCAGACGGAGGCAGGCGGGCUGCCGAAGCUGCCGGAGAGGGUGCCAGGCUGGCCCGGAGGCGUGGCCCUGUGCCUGGGCAGCAGGGUUAUGCCCACCCUUAAGGGUAUCAACACUGCACUGCAGUCCUCCGCCUCCUUCUCGGAGCGCCAGCUCGAGCCUGGCUGCGGCUUUGGCGGAGCCUGCGGCCGCGCCGAGUGCGCCGCCGCGGGCGGGGCCAGUCUGACCCAGGCCCGCCAGGGCCUCUUCCAGGGGCGCGAGAGGCCCGCGCUGCAGAGCCGCGGCAAGGCUCGCGCCCUCUCGGGGUCGAGCGCCUGCCUCAGCGGCCGGCUCUCCAGGGCCUGGGCCGACCGCGUCAGGGUAGCGCUGGGCAGCCCUCCGCCAGCACCUGCGGGUGCGGGUGCGCCGCCGGGCCUGCGCAGGCACCGCGGGGAAGGCCAGGGCGGCGCGCUCGCUCUCGGCCAGCGCGAGCGGGCCCUGCGCGGCGAGCGCUGCCCGCCAGGAGGGGGCGGAGGCAGGCCGAGGAUCCCGGGCGGCACGGGCAGGCGUGGCCGCAGGCAGCUCCCGGCGGAGGUGCCCGCCGCUGUGCUGAGGGCGGAGGAAAGACAGCGCUGGACGUGCAAGUCAUGCCUUCGCGAGCGCGCGGGGAAGGCGUGGAUCAACAGCGCGGAUCGGUCAUCUUGCUUCCUGUGCGGGAUCCACAGGUCGGCGUGCUUCGGCGGCCACUUGGAGCCAUCGCUCCCGUCCAAGCGCGGGGAGGAUGCCAAAGGCGGAGCUCCACCGAAGGCUGCGACCGGUCUCAACCCAUGGAGCAAGGAGACCAAAGAGCUCGAGAUGCUUCGCAGAAAGGUCGAGCAGUUGGCAGCUGCUCAGGAGUUGUACAAGGAGUUCGUGGCGGUGGCCAAACACAACUGGCCUGCCUGGCUGGCGUGCAAGCAGGAGCUCGAGGUUGAGCGGGAUUGGAGUCAGGAGAAGCAGCUGCUCAAGUCCAAGGAGGCCUUGGAUCAGCAGCGCGUGCAGCUGGCGGACCUCCUCAAGCAGAUUGGGGAAGCCGAGUCGGGCAUCCAGCAGCAGGAGCUGGCCAUCAAGGACCUGGCGCAGCAGCGGAGCGUGCUGGCCUAG